UGGUUGAAACUGAACAAAGUCAACAUGAACACUCAUCAACUUUUCAAGACAUUUUUUCCAAAUAAAAGUUCAGGAUAAGGGUAAAAAUCAGAUACUUUUUGUUUUUAAGUACAUAAGAAAUUCCUAUAUGUUCCCUAAAAAUGUCCAGAUCACCCAGAAUGCUGCAGAGUGAGUUCCAAAGUAACUCAUGUCUGGCUGCUUCAGUUUAAAAUCCUUCUGUCCUGUUAUCACACCACUAAAACACUCCAGAUGAAACAGACCUCUGACUUUUCUAACAGCUCUGGAAUCAGUUUGGGUGAGGGGAAGCAAAAAGCUCCCUGCUUUUUACACAAAAGUUAUUUUUAUUGCACAUUGUUUGAUUUUCAGUUUAUAAAAAGAAUGCUAGUUUAGUUUUCUUCUCCUAAUUAUUUUUAUAAUCUAUUUGUUUUCUUCUAUCCCCCAUUUUAUAGACCUUUGCUUUUUUAAAACUGUACAAUCAGUGCUUUUUUGUUUUGUUCUAUUCUUCUCUUUGAGAUUUACUCGUGUUUUAGGUGCACAAAUAAAGCUGAGCUGAGUUCUCGAGAUUAUCAAAAUUCAGCAAAAAACAAGACAUAAGGAAGUAAAAUUUUACUAAACAAAAUAGUUUUAUUUUAAAUUUGACUAACUCUUUUUAACUUUACUUUUAUCGAAAAUCUGUUUGCAUCUCCUCAAGCUGCAUACAUUUAUUCUGAAAUGUAGGGAAAACUGUUUUUCCUUCACCCAUCCAAUAGGGGCGCUAUGACUGCACAGUAAGCUUUUACCAAUGUUAAAGAGAGGGAGGAAGAAGGGAAAUCUACUUUCAGCAGUUUUUUUUAAUGUCAGCACAUUUUUAAAAUCUGCAAAAGUUCAAAGAUUAAUCUAAAACUGUAGAUUAGAAAAAACUGUAGAUUAAAAAAUUUCAAAUAGGUUUCUGCGGAACAACUUUUAUUCUGAGCGGUGAUUUAGAAGCUUUUUUUUGUCCAGUGGGUCAACUCAUCAAGUUAAAAUUAUUCAUGGGUAACAAAAGAAAAGGAAUAAAUGAAAUGUGAAACUUUGUGUUUAUGUUAAAUUACAAAGUAAACAUACAUUAUUUCAUUUCUCAACAAAGAAAGUCAUUUUUUCCCUUUUAUUGCCCUUUAAAUUUAUUGGUCUCAAAAAUAGGUUUUGGUAAGCACCAAAGAAGAAAUGGGUCACUUGCUGUAGCACACAUAUAUUUUAGUAAGUCAUGGAAUGUUGUAAUUUAAUUUAGCAGGAAAUUUAAAUAAAAGCAAAAUGCAUGCUAAAUAUAUUGUAAAUUAUAAAUUGCUAUGUAUCGCAGUUAAACUUUUUCACUGAACUUGUAUUGUUUGCUUUUCUCUUUAAAUUACUGCUCAAAAUAAUGUUAUCAUGUCCGUCUUCUUGCAUGAGACUAAAUCACUAAAUAUUUUUAAAUGGAAGCUGUUUUGGGGUCAGUAUUCAUCCAAAAUGUCUUGUCAGAAUGAAAGUCUAUUUCUCCAAACUGAGGUUGUUCUUCAUUAAUACUUUAGAAACAAAAAGGUCUGGUUUAGCCUCACAGCUUAGUGAACAUGUGCACUCAGAAAACAAAUCUAAGCUUUUUGGCUCUUAAAAAACUCUUGAGUUGAUAGAAAUACAUGUUAUCCUGUUUAUCUUAAAACCACGUGACUUAAAUUAAGACACUAGUCUUAGUUUAUCUAAAAAACAUUUUAUUUACCCAUUUUCUUUUAUUUUCCUGAAAACACAUUUAUUUGCCACUUUUUGGUUUAAUCCGUACAAAACAACAGUUGGCACUACUGACAGAAGUCUUGUUUGGGCAGAUCAGAUUUGUUUCGCUUUCAGCUCAGAUUGAACAAACUGCCUCAGAAAUGUUUGUCAACCUUGAGAGAAAUGGAGAAAAUCCCACAAUAGUUUCAUUCUGAGAUGAUUCUUUACUUGGAACAAGUCAAGAAGAUGAUAAUUCAACUCGCGUUGUAUCAUAAAACAAACUCCUUCUCUAUUAUUAAACUUGGUUUAAUAAAAGGCUGGACUCUUCAGACUGCAGUAAUGAAAUUAUCCAUUCAGGUGCGUCUGCAGCAGGCCCGCUACACAAAAGACGGAUGUGAUUUAUUUCUUUACUGACUGAAUACAGUCUAACCAUGUGAUCCUCGGUGUAACCAAUUGGCAGCCGAGAGGACGGUGAGAGCAGGAAAAAAAUUACUACCAUUUUAGGGGAGGAUGUAAGCUACUACCAGCCCAUCCUGCGUUUUACAGGCGCACUUAAGUGUCUUUUUAUUGAAAUAAUAAAAUAAACAUGUCGCUAACGAAUUAUUAUUCCAUGAUGGGGCUCCAGACCGAGGAGCCGUACGGUGCGCAUUUCAUCCCGGGAGGCUUGCAGGGCUCGACGGCCGGUUGCGCAAAGCCAGCCCGCGGAGCGGAGGAGGGGACCGCUCCCUCCAACAUCCCGGAUUUUUCACACUUUUCCAACAAAGCGAGCCUAAAUGGGUUUUCUCCCUGGACAAACACGUCUUCCUCUUCUUCGAUGUCUCCCCAGCUGCAGUCCGGCCCCGCUGCGUCCAUCCCCGGCCUCUUCCAUCCACACCACCUCCUGCACCACCGCCCGUACUACGACCCACAGGCGCCGAGCCACGCCGAGCACCUCGCGUCCGCGGCGGCGUCCGAAAGUAGGUUCGUCCGCUGUUGGGAGGUGGCGAGCCCCGCCACGGAGACCACCUUCCCCACGUGUCUCCCCGCUCAGGGGGACCUCUCCGAUCCGAGCCCGACCUAUGAGGCAAUAAAACCCGAAAGCUCACCGCCAUCCCACGACAACGCCGACGAGUCCAGUCCGGCUGAGUUGGUCCUGGAGCGGCUAGGGACCGCGGAGGAGCUGGGGAAGAAGGCUGAGCCGAAGAAGGAGGAAGAGGAGAGGAAUACACCGCAGCUCGCCCCGGAAAAUCCAGCAGCCAGCUGGAUCCACGCCAAGUCGACCCGGAAGAAGCGGUGCCCGUACACCAAGCACCAAACCCUGGAGCUGGAGAAGGAGUUCCUCUAUAACAUGUACCUGACCAGAGAUCGGCGCCUAGAGGUGGCAGGACUCCUAAACCUGACAGAGAGACAGGUGAAAAUCUGGUUCCAGAACAGGAGGAUGAAGAUGAAGAAGCUGAUGAUCCGGGAGAGGAGGAGUAUCAAUGAUUGAUGGCUCUGCUGUAUUUUUUUAGUUGUUUUUUAGAGGAGGGGGAUCUUCAUGUUGGAUGAGACGGUUCGAGCUUGUAGCUGAUUUAAGAAAAAGCAGAGAAGCAACUGUUAAAAUCAGCUGUAACUUGGAAAACUGCAGCAGUGGAGACUGGAUGUGUUGUUACACUUCCUUGAAAUUCCUUAUUUUUACCUCUUUUUACGUGUGAGUGUGUUAGCGCACACGCGCUGUGUAACACCCACGUGUGUGUGUGUGUGUGUGUGUGUGUGUGUGUGUGUGUGUGUGUGUGUGUGUGUCUAAAGAACCCUUAUUUGCAUGGGUCAAAAUAAGGGCACUUUGCAACUUGAGGUUGUUGCAAAUAAAAAAACACACCACGGUUUAUGAGGAGAAUAAAAACGACUAAAUCAGAAACAGUUAAAAUCAAUGUUUUUGCUCAUUUCAACACACAUCUGUUUCUGAUUUGGUUGCAUAUUUGGAAACACUUAAGACAGACUUGACUUUUGUUUUACGAUUUAUUUUUGAGAAUUUAUUGAAAAGUCAGCCACAUGAAACCAGGGUUUACCGCAGGAACUCAAAGAUAAAUCCUCUAAAUGAUCCUAAAAUGCUACAAAUAUUGAUGGUAAAUGAAAAAUAUAUAUAUAUGAAGAUAUACAAGGGUGAUGUGAUGGGUUUUCAGUUAUAAAAGUAUUCUUUCCAGUUGUAGAUUUUUAAAACAUAUCACUUUUUGUAUUAUUUCUAUGAGUUAAUAAUGACACAAUGUUGGUAUUAAUCAUAAACAACAAACCUACAAAAAUGUGUUUUUGUAUUAAAGUGCUAAUUUAGCACAUGUACAUGUUAAAGGAACAAAGAAAACACAGUUUGAGUCUAAACGGGUCACAAAAACAAGAAAUAUGUUUUAGAUGUAAUUAAAUUGUUUACAUAAAAUGAAUAAUGGUAUUCUGGUUCAUAAAUGAAUCAGACUAAAGAAGACAUUAUGAGUUAGCCAUUAGACGAUUGAAAAGACGAUGAUGCUUUUUGCAAAUUAAAUACUUCAUUAAAUAAUAAUUUUAAAAAGCACUCAAAUAUAUCCAAAAGCUAUGAUUGGUUUGGGAAAAGUUAUUUACAAUUGGAAAAUGCUGCUUUUGAACUUUUUGGAAUUAUGAACACAGGAGGCAGAGACUUAAGACCUAUAAAACAGAUGAAUUUUAAAGUAGAACCCACAGAGGAGAACACAUGUCAGAGACUGGAAUGCUGUAACGUCUGAGAAUGAAAACAUCUGAAAACAAAUUAUAACUCGUUACACAAACAGAUGAUCCAAACCUAAAACAGGAAGUAGUUCAAGAUGGCUGAGAGGAGGUGAACACGGGCGACUUUCUGAGGAAAGUCUUAUUUUAAAUAAACAAUGAUAAAUGAACCACAUUUGUAUGGAGCCUUUCAGAGUCAGAGGACUCCAAAGCACUUUACACUACAGUGUAUCAUUCAUCCAAUAACACACACAUUCACACGCUGGUGGAGAUGAGCUACAAUGUAGCCACAGCUGCCCUGGGGUGCACUGACAGAUUUAACUGCAAAAAGACAUCCCUGAUCACACGAUCAGUGCAUCUCUGUCACAAUGUGGAGAAAAAAAGCAUGCAGCCAUCUUUGCUUUGUUGCUCAGUGGCCCUAAGGGACCAAACCGUCCAGACUUGGUACUUACAAAAACAAAAUCCGUUUAGCAGUCUGACGUAUGGAGGCGUCACUGUUUUACACCCGAAAACAAAAAUCUGCUCAUUUUUCCAAGAUGAGAAGAUGCAACAAAGUUUUCAACACACACAUCCUCCAUUUUUUAUUAGAAUACGGGGAUGUGUUGGCAUUGAAGUGCGAAUAUUGAUGUGUCUCUCUCACACACACACACACACACACACACACACACACACACACACACACACACACACAAACACACACGUGUGUGUGUAACACAAAUUAUUAAAUUAAUUUUAAGAAUCAGUCAAAUCUUCAGUAAGGCUGACUUAAACUGCAUUCACUUUUUAUUUUUUAUACAAAAUCACAAGUUUUCUGACACCUUUUCUUUUUUAACAUUUAGUCACCAAACCUAUUUCAUUUUUUAUGAGUGCAGCUAAAAAAUAUGAUGGAGCCACGUCAUAUCUAACAUAUUUUAUGUGUGUGUUUCCAGCUCUCAGAGAUGUGUGUGUGUAUGUGUGUGUGUGUGUGUGUGUGUGUGUGUGUGUGUGUGUGUGUGUGUGUGUGUGUGUGUGUGUGUGUGUGUGUGUGUCUGUGUGUUACAGCCAACCCUGAUCUCAUCAAAACAUGAAGCAGAGACUUUAACUUGUUGUUCUCUAAUCGUGCAUGUUUCUAUUUGUUGUUAUUGUUGUUUACUGAUGUAGUUGUCAUUGUUGUUGUUGUUACUGUGGCUCAGAUACAUUGCACCAUAAAUCAUAAACACACACACACACACACACACACACACACACACACACACACACACACACACACACACACACACACACACACACACACACCAGUCAUCGCUAAGCUAAGGCAUUACAGGAGGCUGAUGGAGAACUUUCCUUAUGAGAAUCAUGUGAGGAAACCACGCACAACUAUCCAGUCUGAGGUACAAAACCACCACAGGAUCAUUCCACUAAUUAUUCUAAGAAUAUUUCAAAAGUAUUUUUAGUGUUUUUUUCUUUAGAUCAACAGAAAACAGCAGGCUCUGUCAUCAAUAUGUUGCUCAUUGUGAAUUUUUUAAAUAAAAUGAAAUAAGUGAUCACAGCAUAAAUGGUUAA